AUGCUGCGUGCCUCUGCCCGCACACACCUGCGCACCGGCGUUCCCAUUACCACGCACACGCCAGCCGAGUCACGGAUAGGCGUGGAGCAGGUGCGAAUCCUCAAAGAGGAAGGUGUAGAGGCUCAUCACGUAUAUGUGGGGCACCUCAACAACACUCUUGAUCCGGACUAUCACCGGGAGCUGGCCCGGCUUGGGGUCUGGCUGGGAUGGGACAUAAACAAUCCCUUCGGCCGCCCGAACCUGCCUCCUUGGCAGCAAAGGACCGACUAUCUGAAAGAGCGACUAGACGAAGGCUUGGCCUCCAGACUGAUGCUUUCCCAUGACUGGAACAUUGUGCUGUCCCGCAUUGGCUCGCCGGGCAUGCCCAGCAGGGAUCAGAAUCCUGACGGAUACCUCUGGCUCAGCCGCGCUGUAAUUCCCAGGCUAAUGGAGUCCGGGGUACCUGAAACAGUCAUCGACCGGAUGAUGGUCGACAACCCCAGGAGGUACUUCGAGGGCGUGCGCCCGUCUGACUAA